GCUGGAGAAGGGAGACAGAAGGCAGCGGUGAUCCUCCACCUCCUCUGCAGAUAAGGAUUUCACAUCCCAUCCGUGGCCAUGAGGAUCCUUUACCUGCUGCUGUCUGUCCUCUUUGUGGUGCUCCAGGGUGUUGCAGGUCAGCCCUUCAUUCCUAGGCCUAUUGAUACUUGUAGGCUUCGAAAUGGAAUCUGCUUUCCAGGGAUCUGUCGAAGGCCAUAUUACUGGAUUGGAACAUGUAACAAUGGAAUAGGCUCUUGCUGUGCAAGGGGAUGGAGGAGCUGAUACCUCCCUGACUUCUGGGAAAUCCUUCCUGCAUCUACCAAAUGGCUUCUCUGGCACUCCAACUCCAUUCUAUCUGGCACCACAUCCUUCCGCAAAAAAAAAAACCAGAACGGCUUUCAAAAGCUUCCCUUGCUCUGAAGCAGAUACCAGCACCUGUGAAAUCAUAGAUUUGAACCAGGCAUCACCAUGGAAAAUAUUUCUUUCCUUGCUUCAAUAAAAUGACUAACAUUGGC